AUGGGUCGAGGGAAAAUUGAGAUACGGAAGAUUGAGGAUGUCAACAGCAGGCAAGUGACUUUCUCGAAGAGGCGAACUGGGCUUUUGAAGAAGGCGUUUGAACUUAGCGUGCUCUGUGACGCCCAAGUCGCUGUCAUCAUUUUUUCCAAUACUGGAAAGUUGUUUGAGUUUGCCAGUUCCAGCAUGCCCCAAAUACUUUCAAGAUACAAUAAAGGCUUGGAGACUACUAAUAAUACCAGUGCUAAUGUCAUUAAGCCAGAGGAAGUGAAGGAACAUGGUCUUACAAAGGAUCUGAAGAGGCUGCAAAUGAAACAAUCACAGCUAUUGGGCAAGGACCUUACUGGUUUGGGUCUCAAAGAAUUGAAGGAACUGGAACAGCAAUUGAAUGAAAGCCUAAUUGCAAUAAAGGAGAGAAAGGAGCAGAUAAUUGCUGAACAAUUAGAAUUGUCAAGGAUCCAGAUCGCGGAGCUUAAACCUUCGCUUCAAUCAUCUGGUUGUCCAGCUCCAGUUCAUGUUGAAAACCAUCUAGCAGAUAAGAAAGACAUCUCAGCUAACGCAAAUCUGCACAGAAAACAGGAUUAUUCAAUUGAGAAUCAAGAUACCAACUUGUGUUUGGGAUUAUCAAUACCUACUAACACAAAGAGGAAGCCGACUGAGGCAGCUGAAGACAACCUUGUGGGGGCUCAAAAGAGGAAAAAGAGAACUUGUUGA